AUGCUAGAGCCUUUCAUUAUUACCCAUCUUAUUUUUUCAACAAUACAGUGUCUUGUGGGGGUUUUAGCAAAUGGCGUCAUUGUAGUGGUGAACAGCACAGCCUGGAUCAAGCAGAGGAAGAUGCUGUCCUUCGACCUCCUUCUUUGCUGCCUGGCGACUUCCAGGAUUUGUUUACAGAUACUCAUGUUCUACUUUAAUCUGGCUCUUCUUUCCUUGAUUGAAAUCUCUCUUCCUCCUGGUUGUUUUGCCAUUUUCAUGUUUAUAUACCAGUUGGAACUCUGGCUUGCCACAUGGCUCAGCGUUUUCUACUGCACCAAGAUCUCCCCCAUUGCUCACCCACUCUUCUUUUGGUUGAAGUUGAGGAUCUCCAAGUUGUUGCCAUGGCUGAUUUUGGGGACCAUGCUAUGUACAUCUCUCACUUCUGUACUGCACGGAAAAUAUGCAUGGAUUCUCUUCCAAAAUGUCUGGUCGAGCUUUUUAUUCCCUAAUGCAACAACUCAAGUCAGAAAAAUCGAAGAAAUUCCUGUGUUACAGGCUGUAUUUUUGUUCACUGAACUCUUACUGCCCUUAGUUAUCUUCCUUAUCUCUGCUCUUCUCUUGAUAUUUUCCCUGGGGAGACACACCCAGCAGAUGAUAAGCACAGCCACGGGCGCCAGGCCCCCAGGCUUGAGUGUCCACAUCAGUGCUCUCCGGUCCUUCAUGUCCUUCCUGCUUCUCUAUGUCUCCCAGUACAUGAUGGCUACUUUAGCCUUUUCUCAUAUUUUCAAGAUCAGAGACUUUGUCUUUCUCUUCUGCCUGUUGCUGGUUGGUUUAUACCCCUCUGUACACUCCAUUGUCUUAAUCUUAGGAAAUCCUAAACUGAAACAAAAUGCAAAGAAGUUCCUCCUCCGUGGGAAGUGCUAUUAG